AUGACAGAGGGAAUCGUGAAGACGAUUCUCCAGUCAUAUUUUGUGGAAACAUUCAAAAGUAAGAAGAAAUUAUGCGCGAAUCCAGCAAAUUUUAGAAGAAGACGAAAUAUACAUGACAGACAAUAUGAAAUACAAUUCAAAAAUAUGGACGAUGCUGAAACACACCAGGUUAAAAGCCAUCAAGGAAAAGUAAAAAAUGUCAAAGUCUCAACACUUUUAUCAUUCCUCGUUUUCUAUGUAUGUGUUUUAAAUGUGAUAACUAUGUGUGAUGUUAGUGUUAAUAAAAGUGUAAAUAUUGAACUUAAUGAUAGGCAUAAUGUUAAUUUAAUUGUGAGUAAAUUGCGACGUCCGCGUUUAUCUGAUAGCUUUAAUGCUGAGCUUAAGAAUAUUUCUAUGGACGAUGAAACAACUGAAGCAUACUCUAACCGGUACAAAAAUAAGAGAGAUUAUUCAAACUUCACAAUUGAUCGGGAUUACACAGAUAGAACGAUCUAUGAUUCGUCAUGCGCUAUUGGCUUCCCUCACGAUCUAGCGUCUAAACCUUUUUGUGUUAAACACACAAAUUUCAACCUUAGACCGGAGAGGCAUCAGUUUAAUGAUAAAAUUGUGAAAUUGGGUGUGUUAUUACCUGGCGAUUCUGGAGAAGUGUUCUCGUUGGCUAAAGUUUUGCCGAUAGUGGAAUUGGCUAUACCAGCUUUAACAGCUGAUGAUGGCCCAUUACCAGGCUGGAAAAUAUUGGUUGACUAUCGAGACACAAGAUGUUCAUCAGUCGAUGGACCCUUGGCAGCGUUUGAGUUCUACGUGAACGGUUCAGCUGAUGCCUUUAUCGGACCAGGAUGCGAAUAUGUUAUCGCUCCUGUGGCGAGGUAUGCUGGUCUGUGGAACAUUCCUGUAAUCACAGCCGGUGCCCAAGCCGAGGCCUUUACUUACAAGGUCCCGACCUUUAUGACCUUGACCAGAAUGAUGGGCAGCUACACCCAAGCCGGCGUCGCAAUUCGAAAAAUUUUUGAGGAGUUUAAAUGGCGGAAGCUGGGCAUGCUAUACCACAACACAAAAUUGUCAGCUGGAAAAGGAAACAGCCCCUGUUUUCUCACUCUCAGCGCAAUAUUCACGGUAUUGGAGAAGAGAGACGACACGAUACCUAUCGUACCGUUCGACGAAACAAACACAACAUCGUCGAAAUUAAAGGAAAUACUACAAAAGCUAUCUUUAAAGACGAGAAUUGUUGUGGUCUGUGCAAAUCCCAGUACUGUACGUGAAAUAAUGCUUGCUGCAGAUGACCUCAAUAUGGUGUCUUCAGGAGAAUACGUUUUUUUCAAUAUAGAAUUAUUUUCAAACUUAGCCUCGGCCUCGUCAAAAGAGCCGUGGAAGGUUGAAGGUGAUACUGACGAAAGAAAUGAAAGAGCCCGACGGGCCUAUAGUGCUGUUCUUACUGUCACCAGUCCAGUGCCUGAAAAGAAGGAAUACCUGGAAUUCUCUGAUAAGGUCAAAGACCUUGCUGCUACGAAAUAUAAUUAUACGUUUGGCAAAGAAGAGAUUGUGUCUACGUUCGUAGCAGCUUUCUACGAUGCUGUACUCCUCUACGCGUUGGCGUUAAACGACACGCUGCGACAAGCUAAUGACCCCAGAGGGCAAUUGGACGGCGCUGCUGUUAUUAGGAACAUGUGGAAUAGAACUUUUCAAGGCAUCACAGGCGAGGUGAUAAUAAACGAGAACGGAGAUCGCGUGGCGUCAUAUUCUUUGCUGGAUAUGAACCCCAAUACUAGUAAAUUCGAGGUCGUAGCAACAUACAUAGCAGCAAACGCAUCACUAAGGUUUGUGGAAAACCGCCCAAUCCAUUGGGCGGGCGGCCGGAAUACGCCACCACCUGAUACACCGAUAUGUGGUUUCGAUGGAUCUCUAUGUCCUGACACUUCGUUACCAGUCUACGCAAUCCUCAGUAUAGUUCUGAGUUCCGUAGUAGUCAUCUUGGCAAUUCUAUCUGUAUUUAUUUAUAGACAUUACAAGUUAGAAGCUGAAAUAGCUAUGAUGACGUGGCGAGUUGGUUGGAGUGACGUACUCAUUGGUGCGAGUAGGUUUCCUGGCAGUCUACAUUCCCUCGCUCGAAGGUAUAGCUCAGGGACUGCUUACUCAGACGAAGGCACGUCACUGGCUGGUGAUAGACAAAUUUACGCUCCUUGCGCCUUUUACAAAGGUUGUCGGGUUGCAAUUAAAAAGGUCGACAAACAACGCAUAGAUUUGACCCGACCUUUACUCCUGGAGCUUAAGAAAAUGAAGGACCUCGAACAUGACCAUUUAGCGAGAUUUUACGGAGCUUGUGUCGAUCCCCCACACUGCUGCCUUUUAACCGAGUACUGUCCUAAGGGAUCAUUGCAAGAUAUACUGGAAAAUGAUACAAUUAAGCUGGAUUGGAUGUUCAAAGUUAGCCUGAUGCACGAUAUUGUGAGGGGUAUGCAUUACCUUCAUGGUACGGAUAUCCGCGCACACGGCGCUUUGAAGUCUAGUAACUGUGUGGUAGAUUCCCGGUUCGUUCUGAAGAUUACGGAUUUCGGCCUUAACGCCUUGAGGACUUCUGAGAAGGAUAAAAGAGCCCAUAGCUAUUGGACACGUCUACUUUGGACUGCCCCUGAGCUGCUUAGAAUGGCGGAUCCACCUCCCGAGGGAACGCAAAAAGGGGAUGUGUAUUCGUUCGCUAUCAUUAUGCAUGAAAUAGUCAAUCGCCAGGGAGUUUUCUGGCUUGGACCCGGCAUUGAAAUGUCACCAAAAGAAAUAAUCGAAGCAGUGCGCAGUGCUGGUUUCCGACCCAACACAAACCAAUAUAGAUCAUGUGAGGCUGAUGAUGCUACAGAGUUGAUGAGACGAUGCUGGGCUGAAGACCCAGCUGAGAGACCAGACUUUGCCCAUUUGAAACAUGCUAUACGACGACUUAAUAAGUCUCAAGAAAGCAGUAAUAUUCUCGACAACUUGUUAUCUCGAAUGGAACAAUACGCGAACAACUUAGAGACAUUAGUUAGCGAACGAACACAGGAUUAUUUGGAGGAAAAGAAGAAAUGUGAAGAACUAUUGUACCAGUUGUUGCCAAAGUCCGUGGCAUCUCAACUUAUCAACGGUCAGUCAGUGGUAGCGGAGACGUUUGAGCAAGUCACCAUAUACUUCUCCGACAUAGUUGGGUUCACAUCUUUGUCUGCUUCUUCAACUCCAAUGCAAGUGGUUGAUCUUCUGAACGAUCUAUACACCUGUUUUGACUCUAUAGUCGAGAACUACGACGUGUACAAGGUGGAAACGAUUGGAGAUGCUUACAUGGUAGUAUCGGGUUUACCUGAGCGAAAUGGAACAAGGCAUGCGUGUGAAGUCGCGAGGAUGGCGCUUGCUUUGCUAGACGCUGUGAGGCGCUUUAGAAUACGGCACCGGCCGCAGGAUCAGCUGAAACUUAGGAUUGGAUUGCAUUCUGGUCCCUGCGUAGCUGGUGUCGUAGGCCUGAAGAUGCCUCGCUACUGCUUAUUCGGGGACACCGUAAACACAGCUUCCAGAAUGGAGUCCAAUGGUGAAGCGUUAAAGAUACACGUGUCUCCUACAACCAAAGCUUUAUUGGACACAUUUGGCACUUUUAAAUUAGAGUGCAGAGGAGAAGUUGCUAUGAAGGGCAAGGGAGUUCUAGUCACAUACUGGUUAUUGGGCGAAAUCUACGACCCAAAUCAACCGAAUCAUAACCCACCAAAAGACAAACCUUUAGUCAAACUGCAAACGCAAUCAAACAACAGUAGCUCACUGUCCCGCUUAACACCAUUUAAACAUCGGUUGGAGCACAGUUCCAGAUCAUCAAGCAGACGAGGUUCAGGCAUAUUCCAGCAAAAACCAGACCUCACCAGAUUGGAAAAGGAAGCUCAACCAUUACUCCAAAUCGUAAAAAUGCAAAGGCAACUCUCAGAUCCAACAGACCCCGUUACAAAUGGUGAUCAUACCGAUGAUGAUAAAUUAAGCGUCACAAAUUCCAUUUCACUCAACGUGAAUUCAUUAAACCAUAACUCGUUGAAUCAGAACAGCCAACCAAAAGUCAAAUUGAAGGAUGCUCCGAUAAAUCCAAUAAAUCAUUUAUCGAAUAAAAUAGGUAAUAAUAAUUGGAUACCGAAAUUGGGCACAGCGAAUUCGUUUGAUAAUGGAACGAGAAAGGGAAAUCAGUCUCUGAAAGAUUAUAGCAGCGUUCCUCUGUUGUCCAAAUCGGAUAAGCUUAAUGAUUCCAUCGUUUGA